AUGGCGAAGCCGAAACCUCUGACACCAAUGAACAACUUCGUCUACGACAUUCUUUUGUGGACAUUCUCAGUCCUCGUUGACCUGUUCUUCCGCGAAGUACAUCCACGGAGCUCAUGGAAGAUUCCGAGAAAAGGGCCGGUUAUAUUUGUUGCGGCGCCUCAUGCCAACCAGUUCGUCGACCCUCUGAUCCUCAUGCGAGUAGUCCGCACAGAAGGCCACCGUCGCAUCUCUUUCCUGAUCGCCGAGAAGUCCAUGAAGAGGAAGUUUAUUGGCUGGUUCGCUCGCAGCGUCGGUGCUGUGUCGGUUGGGCGUGCGUUGGACUUGACAAAACCGGCGCCUGGCAAAGUGUACCUCCCUGACCCAGUCAACGAUCCUCUGCUCCUUCGCGGCGUGGGCACAGAUUUCGAGGCAAAAGAUUUCCAGGCGGGCGGCUUGAUCGUUCUACCAAGCGUCAAUAGUACAGCUGCCAACGCGGAGAUACUGGAAAUUCAUGGGAAAGAGGAGAUACGCCUGAAAAAGCCAUUUAAGGGCGGUGUGGCUGUGAAGCAGCUUACGGGAAGGGAGGACGUCGAUGAGAAGACUGGAGAAUUCUUAAAUGGAGGCUCGAAAGGGCCAGCGGAGGGAUUUGAGGGCACAAACUUCAAAGUCGCUCCAAAGGUCGACCAGACAGCUGUAUAUGACGCAGUGUUUGAGAGAUUGAAUAGGGGCGGCUGCGUCGGCAUAUUUCCUGAAGGCGGUAGUCAUGACAGAACUGAGCUCCUACCGCUGAAGGCUGGUGUUGCUAUUAUGGCCCUAGGCGCGCUAGCCGCCAACCCGGACUGCGGCUUGAAGAUCGUUCCUUGCGGGAUGAACUACUUUCACGCACACAAGUUCCGCUCACGGGCUGUUAUUGAAUUUGGGACGCCGGUUGAGAUUGAGCCAGAACUGGUCGAGCUGUACAAAAGAGGCGAGCGAAGAGAAGCUGUGGCUCAGCUACUAGAAACAGUGUACAAUGCGCUGGUGUCGGUCACUGUGACCAGCCCGGACUACGACACCUUGAUGCUGAUACAAGCUGUUCGCCGGCUCUACAAUCCAAAAGGCAAGAAGCUGCCUCUGCCGAUGAUAGUCGAGCUCAACCGGCGUCUGGUCAAAGGGUAUACGCGCUACAAAGACGAUCCGCGUAUCAUUGAUCUCAAGAAGUCGGUUCUAGCCUACAACAAACAGCUCAUGAUGCUCAACGUACGGGACCAUCAAGUAGAAUAUGCCAGAUUUUCCGUUUUCAAAGUCGUGUUCACGCUCAUCUACCGCGUCGGCAAGCUGAUCCUACUCUCAGCCGGCGUGCUUCCUGGAUUGGUCCUCUUUGCGCCCGUCUUCGUCGCUGGAAAAACGAUCUCCAUCAAGAAGUCGAGGGAAGCACUCGCAGCAAGCACAGUCAAGAUUCAGGCACGUGAUGUCGUGGCCACUUGGAAGAUCCUUGUUUCAAUGGCAUUGGCACCAAUGCUCUACACCUUCUACACUGUCCUACUCACCUGGUGGACUUACUACAACCGUGUGCAGGGCUACAUGCCUGACUACGUUCCUCUCUGGGCAGUCGUGCUCUUCGGCUACAUGUUCUUUCCCAGCAUUACCUACGCUGCUCUUCGUUUUGGAGAAACUGGCAUGGACAUCUUCAAGUCGCUGCGGCCACUUGUCUUAUCGCUGAACCCUUCUUCCGGCAACACGCUGGUGAGGCUACGGGCUACUCGGGCGGACCUUGCCGCAAAAGUCACAGAGGUUAUCAACACCUUAGGCCCGGAGAUGUUCCCUGACUUCGACAAUGCGCGUAUCGUCUCGGACCCCUUCCGUGAGGAUGAACCAGGUUUGCAGACCUCACCCCGGCGCGGUCGUGGCGCCUUUCCUCGGACCGACAGUGAUCCCUUCGGUGUCGACACACCACCCCAAUCGCCUGGUAUCCCACAGAAGAAUGAGAAAGCAGCGAGUAUCGGCGGUGGAUCAUCUGCCACGGGCCAUCUACCACGUAACGAGAGUUUCAAGAAUCUCGGGGGGAUCGGCCUUUUUGCAACCCGGCCGACGACGCCGACGCACCACCGCAGUAGGAGCCGCACCAACUCGGGAGCGUUUCACAUUCAGGGGUUCAGCUCGUUGGACUCGCAAGUCAACGCUGAUGAGGUGAGUCAGAAGAUUCGCGGGGCGAUGAGGGAGAGGGGACAGAGGAGGAGAAGCCAGGGUAAGGAUGGGUGGGAGGUUGGGGAUGAGGGGAGUGGGCGGAGUGGGACCACGACGCCUGCAAAUGAGUAUGAGUUUAAGAAAGAACUAUGA